GCACGCGUUCCCCCGCCUGGCUUUCAGUCUGGGCGCACUCAACGUCUAAGUAGGAGUGUCUGAGGUUUCCGGAGCCCGCACUAGCGGCAGGUAGGAAACUAUGUGAAAGAAUUCUCUGAUGUCAUAAUUUCUGGGUGUCACUGGCUCAUUCGACCAGCCUUCCUUUGGCACAUUCCAUCUUCCUAUGGAAGGAGAUUAGAAGCAUUUGAUUUAUUUAGCCUCUACAGGAAUCAAACUUCACUUAUUUUGGUUUUCACUGAAUUAUGCCUUUUCGGUUUGGUACUCAGCCAAGGAGGUUUCCAGUGGAAGGAGGAGAUUCUUCAAUUGGUCCUGAACCUGGCCUGAGCUCUAGUACUGCAUGGUAUAGGAAAGAGACCCCACCAACCAGGCAACUUCGAAGAUGCCCUGGAAGUCACUGUCUAACAAUCACUGAUGUUCCUGUCAAUCUUUAUGCGACAAUGAGAAAACCACCUGCUCAGAGUAGCAAGGAAAUGCAUCCUAAAUAGCCGCUCCUCUGGUGAAGAUCAUCAUAAGGCUUUUGUAGAGGUUUGACUAGGUCAAGGUAAUGGGCCAGUGUCAUUUUAUGAUCUGGUAAACAAAUAAAAGUUGUGACACCAUUGGAUGUUCA